AUGAGUUGCUCUUAUCUAUUUUCUGGCGACGCCUCCGUCGUCUCACAGCGGUGGAGUGAUGUUUCUCUCCGGCAGCGUGUAUUACUCCCACGGCAAUUUCUCCGGCCACCGCUUCCGUCGCUUUCCCGAUGCCCACGAUUAGUUACCGCUGCAAAUGAUAGCUUCGGCAAACAAUCUCUCGGGACGAGAAACUGCUUUCCGUCACUGUUCGCUGGAGACAUCGGCGGAUGUAACGGCAGCAGCAAUGAUAAUGGAAAUGGCGGCGGCGGAGACGGCGGUUGGUGGUUCAACGGCGGCUCCGGCGGCGACGAUAACGCUGAUGACUCAUCUCACCCUCUCAGAUUCUUCUGCUUUCUGGUAUUGGUCUUGUCCAGCUUCUUCCAUUUACAAUUAUCAGCCGCCUUCGCCAUAGCUAAACCUCCGGAGUCGGAUAGUAGCGGAGACGCCGAGAAAGAUACGGUUUGGGAAGUGAGAGGAAGCAAAAGGAAGCGACUAGUCCCCGAUUUCGUCAGAGAUGAGUUCGUCUCUGAAGAAUCUGGAUUCGAAUUAUCAUCUUCAUUGACUCCUGAGAAUCUCCUGGCCCAAUGCAGAAACCUUCUCACUCAAUUCCUCCUUCCCGAAGGUUACCCCAACAGCGUCACCUCCGAUUACCUCGACUACUCUCUCUGGAGAGGCGUUCAAGGAAUCGCCAGCCAAAUCAGCGGCGUUCUCGCCACUCAGUCUUUGCUUUAUGCAGUUGGGUUGGGGAAAGGAGCGAUUCCUACAGCUGCAGCCAUUAAUUGGGUGCUUAAAGAUGGAAUUGGGUAUCUCAGCAAGAUCAUGCUGUCGAAAUACGGACGCCAUUUCGAUGUUCAUCCCAAAGGAUGGAGGCUUUUUGCUGAUCUCCUUGAAAACUCUGCUUUUGGUUUGGAGAUGCUCACACCGCUCUUCCCUCAGUUCUUCGUUGUCAUCGGUGCUGCUGCUGGUGCUGGCCGAUCUGCUGCUGCAUUGAUCCAGGCUGCUACUAAAAGUUGCUUCAAUGCUGGCUUUGCUUCUCAAAGGAACUUUGCUGAGGUAAUUGCAAAGGGAGAAGCUCAAGGAAUGGUGAGCAAGUCAAUGGGUAUCUUGCUAGGGAUUGUGGUUGCUAAUUUCAUAGGAACCUCUACAAGUCUUGCCCUUGCUUCGUUUGGAGUUGUGACAUCGAUCCAUAUGUAUACCAAUCUCAAGUCUUACCAAUGCAUCCAACUUCGGACUCUAAACCCAUAUCGUGCAAGUUUGGUUUUUAGCGAGUAUCUCAUUAGCGGCCAAGCUCCUCCGAUCAAGGAGGUCAAUGAUGAAGAACCGCUCUUCCCAACUUUUCAAAGUUUAAACAUAAAAUCUCCAGGAAAGCGGCAAGAUUUUGUCUUAUCAUCGGAAGCAAAAGCAGCAGCGUCAGAGAUAGAAGAACGGCUUCAGCUAGGGUCAAAGCUGAGCGAUGUAAUCCACAACAAGGAAGAAGCAAUAGCACUGUUUGAUCUCUAUCGCAAUGAAGGCUACAUCCUUGCAGAACACAGAGGCAGAUUUUGCGUGAUGCUCAAGGAAAGCGCGUCGCCACAAGACAUGCUCAGGUCUUUGUUUCAAGUGAACUAUCUCUACUGGCUAGAGAAGAACGCUGGGAUCGAAGCUACAAACACUUACUCAGACUGCAAACCGGGCGGUCGGCUUCACUUUUCUUUAGAUUACGUGCGGAGAGAGUUUGAAGUCGCUAAAGAAGAUAGUGAAUCGGUAGGUUGGGUCACUGAAGGACUGAUAGCUCGACCUCUACCGAACCGAAUCCGUUUAGGUGAUGAUAGUGAAACCUCGUCUUCUCCUUCUAGCUCAUAA